CCGCGUAGUGGUGGCGCAACAGUCUCGCGUGAUGAGAUUUGGUGGUGGGGUCUUCUGUAAGACAAGAGCGUGAGUAACAGCUUUGCGGGAGACGAUCAUUUGCGUCAAAAAUGUAUGAAGUGGCGGUAUUGCAGAUUCAGGACCCCAGCUGCUUUUGGUGUGAAAUAUUAAAAAGCAAUGGGCAAGAUGUGAAGGAAAAAGUCGAAUAUGAGCAGAUGUAUGACGAACUUAAUUGCCUUUACGCAAAGUACUACAGAAAUGUGGAGGAAAUAAAGCCAGCUUGUUUGUCAGUCGGAGAGUUUUGCAUGAUAUUUUGCGAAGAACUUAAAAGUUGGUGCCGAGCCAUCUUAAAUGCACCUGCAUGUAGUGCAGAAGACAACCUUGUGGAGUGCUUCCUAGUUGAUCAUGCCAUAUACUGGCCUGUCAAAAAGAAAAACAUUCGUCUUCCCGUUGAAGCUUGUCAUCGCCUUCCUUUCCGUGCAAAGAAGUUUAAACUUCACCAAAUUCAGCCAGUAUCUUUGUGUGUCGAUAUUUGUGGAGAUAAAGCAGAAUUUGGAAUUGCAGAAAAAUGGGACACUGCUGCUGUUGAGUAUUUUAAACAUCUUCUUACGGAGUCUGUUCAUGCUGAAGCAAAAGUAUUCUCUGUAGAAAACAAUGUUUUGAGUGUAUAUCUUUACAUCACAACUACAGAAGUGACGGUGUGUGUUAAUGAUGAGCUAGUGGCAAAAAGCUUUGCUUGUUUCUGUUCUGAUGUAAAAUCUUGUGAAAAAAUUAUGCCCACAAGUCUUCAAGAUGUGCAGCCAUACAAGGAAGUGGAUAAUCCUGCACAAAUGCUUUGGCCUGAGAUCUACAAAACAAAAAAGAUGCCAAUAUUUCAUGCAGGUCCUCCAAUAAAUGAGAAGACAACAGAAAUGGAGUCCAGAAAUCAUUGUGAAAAGAAAUCUGAAGAAAAACAGGCAUGGAAUGAAAAGCAUGACUUUGACAAGUAAAUUUGUUUUUGUUUGUUCUUUAAAUUUAAAUAAGCUGUCAAUACUUUUUUGUAUUUUUUUCCUUUCAUCUGUAAAAUCAUGAAGCGGUUGAUAUUUUAAAGCACCAUUCAAACUUUU